UCUUAAUGUCAUAUUUUCUUAAAGUUUCUCCCGACGAAGCCUUCCUUGAGAUUGGGCUUGUGUUCGUUCAAAACUUUGUUCUAAGUUUCAAGUUUCUCUCCUGCCACAGCCAAAGCUUUGAUUAAAAAAACAUGCGGCCAUGUACUGUUCCAUUCGCCUUUUGCACAGCACUGUUCAUCUUCUCAAGCCCUCUUCCACAUUAAACUCUAACCACAGACCUUUAAUUUCUUGUCAUUACACUCACUCUGAAGAUGAUUCCAUCAAACCCCUCCUUCAAACACACAAUGUUGUUGACCUCCAAUUUCUUGUUCAAUUACUGCGAAAUGGGUCUCCCCCAACUCCUCCCAUUCUCACUAAAACCAUAUCCAUCUGCACAAAAUCCACCCUUCUGGACUUUGGAAUUCAAGUCCAUUCAGCCAUUAUCAAGCUGGGUUUCUCUCUCAAUCCUUAUAUUUUUACUGCUCUUGUUGAUAUGUAUGGUAAAUGUUGGUCUAUCUCGGAUGCCCACAAGGUGUUUGAAGAAAUGAGUCGUCCAAGUGUGGUCUCUUGGAAUUCUUUGGUUACUGGUUAUUUGCAAGCUGGCUACCCUUUGAUGGCAGUUUCUUUGUUUUUAGAGAUGCUAAAGAAAGGGAUUGAACCCACCCCCUUCAGUUUAUCUGGUGUUCUUGUGGCCUGUUCUCAGUUACAAAAGGGAGAACUUGGAAGUCAACUCCAUGCUAUGAGUUUGAAACUAAGGUUUUCGUCUAAUGUUGUUGUUGGUACAGGAUUAAUUGAUGUGUACUCUAAGUGUUGCAACCUUGAUGAUUCGAGGAGAGUGUUUGAUAUAAUGCAGAACAAGAAUGUGUUUACUUGGACUUCCAUGAUCUCUGGUUAUGCUCGGAAUCAGUUGCCUCAUGAGGCAAUGAUUUUGAUGAGAGAAAUGCUGCAUUUGGAUCUUAAACCAAAUGGUAUGACUUAUAAUAGCUUGCUAAAUUCAUUUUCAUGUCCUCGUCAUUUUGAUCAAUGUAAGCAAAUCCAUUGUCGGAUAAUAGCGGAAGGGUUCGAGAGUAAUAACUAUAUAGCUGCUACCCUUGUUACUGCAUAUUCAGAAUGUAGUAGUAGCUUGGAAGACUAUAGGAAGCUUUGCUCAAACAUUAGAAUGUCAGACCAGAUUUCAUGGAAUGCAGUCAUAGCUGGUUUUACUAACUUGGGAAUUGGUGAGGAAGCUUUGGAAUGUUUCAUUCAAAUGAGGAGGGAAAAAUUUGAUGUGGACUUUUUCACAUUUACAAGCAUUUUUAAGGCUAUAGGGAUCACUUCAGCUCUAGAAGAAGGAAAGCAAAUCCAUGGUCUAGUUUAUAAAACUGGAUAUGCUCUAAAUUUAUCUGUCCAAAAUGGUCUUGUGUCUAUGUAUGCUAGAUGUGGUGCCAUCAGGGAUUCAAAAAAAGUCUUCUCGAUGAUGAAUGAACACGACUUAAUAUCCUGGAAUUCAUUGCUUUCAGGAUGUGCUUACCAUGGAUGUGGUGAAGAGGCUAUAGACUUAUUUGAGAAAAUGAGAAGAACAUGUAUCAAACCAGAUAAUACCUCAUUCCUUGCUGUGCUCACUGCUUGUAGUCAUGUUGGUUUGCUAGACAAGGGACUUGAAUAUUUUAAGUUGAUGAGAAAUAGUGAAUUGAUCGAACCUCCAAAGCUGGAGCAUUAUGCUACCAUGGUUGACCUUUUCGGUCGAGCAGGAAAGCUUCGUGAAGCUGAAGCUUUCAUUGAAAGCAUCCCGAUAGAACCAGGAAUUUCAAUUUACAAAGCUUUGUUGAGUGCUUGCCUAAUCCACGGGAAUAAAGAUAUUGCCAUUCGUACUGCGAAAAAGCUUCUGGAACUAUAUCCAUAUGAUCCUGCAACUUACAUCAUGUUGUCGAAUGCGUUGGGGAGAGAUGGUUAUUGGGAUGAUGCUGCUAGGAUAAGGAGGCUAAUGUCCAAUAGAGGAGUCAAGAAAGAACCUGGUUUCAGCUGGAUGUGACUUCAUUAAAGGGGAAUUUUCAGUAUAAAUCAUGAUCCUACAAGGCAAAUGGUUGACCAGAUAAACACUUUUAAUGGGGUUCAUAGCUAACUUCCUGAAAGAUCGUUUUAUAAUUGUCUUUUGGGUUUAUUCUCUGGGACCAGGUUCAUUCGAUACCUGUGAUUGUUACUUACUGUGUGAUCCUUGGGUUUGCCCCUUUCUGGUGAAGAAUUCGACAAAUACAUGAUUCCUAGCUCUGUAUUUAUUCAAAACUAACGUAUUUGUGGUAGAUCAACUGCAUAUCUGGGUCUCUUUACCACAAAUUUGAUUUUCUAUGUACAUCAUUUGGAUUGAGUAAAUUAGGCUAUGCUAUUGCAGGAGAAAGCUCUGAAGUUAUGGUGAGUGAGAAGGCGGAUUUGAAAUUGGGUAAGACCAAACAAAUCAGUACGAGAAGACAAAUAAUUGAACCAAAAUUUCAAAAUUUCCUCUCCAAGGAUACAGAUAGAUAAAUUAUUGAUUAGGAGAUAUGCAUCAAUAACAGAGGUGUCACACCAAUCAAUAUACGUUGUUGCUUCAUUGCUUGUAAUAGAGAGGGAGAACCAACGGCGUAUUAAUGUCUGUCAUGACUGAAAAGAGCAUAGCCCUCAAAGAGCACCCUUCGAAUUUCUUCAAACUGAGAAAGGAACAUUUGAAGCUGAAGCUUAUUGAAAAUUCCCUGAGAAAAUUGUUCCUUCCUCCUGAUUAAUAUUGCUGGAAAAAGAAUAUUCAAGUUUCAAACAAGAAAUGCAGGAAGUUACACAGCUGAAAUUGCCUGCAUUGGAAGAUUAAGUUAGGUCCUGUUUCGUUCAGUUUAGAUGUAAAUGCUAGAAAUCUGUUUGUAAAAGUUACUUAUUGGAAGUACGUUGGGGUAUUGUUAAUGACUAGCAAUUUUGUAUUAUCGUUUAAUGAUACUAAGCUUUUAAUGAAGUUUUAUUACAGUGACAA